AUGCGGCCUGUUGGGGUGCAUCAGGGAAGUAAAAGUGCCGUAGGAAGCGGACCUCCUUACUACAUGACCCACAGUUUUCCUCCCGGGGGAACAUUACCUCGGACUGGUGGACCUCUCCUUCGGCCUUAUCCUCCUCCAGCAAAACCACCUACUCAAGUAGAUGGUUAUAUGUCAUCUCCUGAACGUGGGCCUAGAGGCUAUGGAACAGGACCUGGUUAUCCUGGCUAUGAUGAUCCAUACUACGCACCAUAUUCACCUAGACCUGGAACCAUCACCCCAGUUAUAGACGAAGAGGCGAGCGAUACGGAGGGCCUGGAGGAGGGAUAUGGUGGAGCAGGUAGGGGAUUCAAGGUGGCUCCUCGAACACCUGUCACUGCGGUCUUCCCCCAACAACAAAUUGACCAGACCAGGUGA